GGUGUGACUUGUUGUUUGCCGAAACGCUUGGUGUGAAUAGAAUAUUAACUCGGAGUUUGUCUGAAGCAGGAGUUCAGUUGGGCCCUAUCUCAGAGCCGGACGUCAAAAAUAUCUGCGUAGUUCUUUCGAACUAGUCGUUGGGGGUAGUUCCAAUACGCGAUCGGUGAAUGUACAACUUCCUCUGUCAGGCACAACUUCUUGAUAUUACGCAUACGUACCAUUAUAGUAUACGUAGACCUGAACGCUACCUGGACGACAGAAGUUCUGCAUUUAGGAGGGUGAAAACAGAAGCCGCUGGGUUCUAGAUCUUGGGUAAACUGAAUUUGUGCUGAUUUUGCAAAACUUGCGCGGGCCUCACGGCAGUCGGUGUCCGAAAGGUGUGACAAGCUGCUUUUCAACUGUGGGUCAAAUUGACAUAUUCAGGACACUAACGUUACUGUCGUUGGUUGAGUCCCUGAGCAAAAGGGUUUCGACUCGAUUUUCGCGUUUACUAUUACGUGCUUGGUUGUGGACACAAACAGGGCUUUUUUGUCGUCCAAACACCACCAAGGAUAAUACGACAAAGUCAGGUGAUCCAUGUAAUCGCCGUGCGACAGUUCGCUGUUGUUGUUGCUGAGGGAGGAUCGGAACUGUCUGUCUUCUGAAGACCACAGGGGGAACGAGGGAGUUGCGUCGUUUUUCGCUCGUGUUUCGGUCGUCGCGGAGGCCAAUUCGCCAUGUCUCUACUCAGGAAAACUCUGCAGUCUUCACUGUCUUCUCUGAAACAAGUACGCCAUGUUUUGGCAGCCCCUAAGAAGUUGUCACUUGAUGAGUUUGACGGACCCUCUAUCAAAACAGACAUCCCUGGACCCAGGUCUAAGGAACUGCUGAGGGAACUCAACUCACUGUCGACAACACACGAGGUGCAGUUUUUCUGUAACUAUGAGGAGAGUAAAGGGAACUACCUGGUGGAUGUGGACGGCAAUGUUUUCCUGGACAUCUUCAUGCAGAUCUCAUCCUUACCACUAGGAUACAACCAUCCUGCUCUGUUGAAAGUGCUAAAUGAUCCAGCAAACUUGAGCACACUUGUGAACAGGCCAGCCCUGGGAAACCUUCCCCCAGCUGACUUUCCUCUGAGGGUACAGAACUCCCUAAUUGCUGUUGCACCAAAAGGCCUGACAAAUGUGAAGACUAUGGCCUGUGGUUCCUGCUCCAAUGAGAAUGCCUACAAGGCUAUCUUCAUGUGGUACAUGACCAAGCAGAGAGGAGGAGCGCCCCCCUCCCCAGAAGAGUUGGAAACCUGCAUGUACAAUAAGUCUCCAGGUGCUCCAGAUCUCACCUUGAUGUCCUUCACAGGUGCCUUCCAUGGCAGGACAUUAGGCUGCCUGGCCACCACUCACUCCAAGGCCAUCCACAAGUUGGACAUCCCGUCGCUGGACUGGCCGAUCGCUCCCUUCCCUCAGCUCAAGUACCCACUGGAGGAACAUGAGGCCGAGAACAGGGCGGAGGAGAGGCGAUGCCUCGAUCAGGUCCACGCCCUGUUCCGUGAGUACACCUCUGCAGGCCGGCCAGUGUGUGGAGUGGUGGUGGAGCCGGUACAGGCAGAGGGAGGAGACAACCACGCCUCACCUGAGUUCUUCAGGGAACUCAGAGCCAUCACUAAAGAGUACGGCGCAGCGUUCCUAGUGGAUGAGGUACAGACAGGUGUGGGGGUGACGGGCAGCUGGUGGGCACACGACCUCUGGCAGCUGGACGACCCACCAGACAUCGUCACCUUCGCCAAGAAGAUGUUGGGAGGGGGGUACUUCCACACCGAAGAGUUCAGAGCCAAUUCUGGUUACCGGAUCUUCAACACGUGGUUGGGAGAGCCGUCCAAGUUGGCGAUGUGUGAAGCAGUAGUGAAGACAGUACAGGAGGAAAACCUGCUGGAAAAUGUUCGACAGGCCGGAUCUGUCCUAUUGGACGGUCUUAAACACCUUCAGACAAAGUACCCCACCCAGUUGGAGAAUGCCCGUGGAUUGGGGACAUUCAUCGCUAUCGACUGUAAGGGGGGUGACGCACACAGGAACAAGAUCCUGACGGACCUCAAGAGGAAAGGUAUCCAAUCAGGAGGCUGCGGGGAACGGACCAUCCGGUGCCGACCUGCUCUUAUCUUCCAGCCGCAUCACGCAGAAAUGGUCGUGAAUGCCAUGGACGAGGUUCUCGCGGAACAGGCAUAGGCAAAACUCGGGCAUUUUGGUUGAAAAUCUUCCAAAACAGAACGGAAGAACCUCUACUGAUAAUGGAAAUAUUUAUAGUUAUUAAUAGUAGAGUUGAAGUGAAUUAAUGGAGAGAUUUCCACCCAAGGCUUAGCCUGGGUACCAUCCGGAAUGUAGUUACCUGAAUACAGUUGCUUCUCACUCUGACAUUUAUCAUACACUAUUAUACAGUCACUUCUCUGAUGUUCCGUCUGGGAACCUUGACAUCACUAACGUCAGGAAUCGCCCAUAUUUUGGAUGAGGGCGCUGAUUGGUCCCUAACACGAGUGAAUUGAGGAAUGGGUUCAAUUGCUUGUUUGAUUCGGCGUUCCAACACCGGUACCGGAAAAGCCCUCAUGCCGGAGGGCCUGUUGUCAUAAAAUGAGCGUUCUAGAGCCCAUUCCUGACUUUGCUCAAUAACUGACAUUAGCACCAAAUGGUUUGAAUGCGCAGGUCCCAGAAGGAUAGCAGAUGAAAUGAACAUAUAAUAGGAGCGAACUACUACCCUGAUGGCACCCAGUCUACCCAAGACUGGGGCAAUCUAGCUGAAUUGUCAAUUCUUCCGAGAUUAGUCUGUAAAUGUUUCAACCUGUGCAAUUGAGGAAAUUCCCUCAGAGAUUUUCAAUUCAGUUGACUAUUUGACUAUCCCUAUGAAUGGUUUAAGUUGAAAUAGGAGACUAUUUGUAGAUUAUGAUCAGCUCAUCUCAAGUUGUAAAGGCUACUCAUUUGGACAAGUUCUGUACCACCAGAAGAAUCGGCAAUUCCGUCAGAUUACAAUCCCUACCUAAUGGCAUUAUUACACACGUAUACUGUAUAUUUUGCCGGUGGCAGUCGACACAUGUCUUUUGCUAAACUUUAGGACUGAAACUUGCCAGUAAUAUAGACAACAUUUAUUUUACAAGGCUGCAAGAGCACAAUUAUCAUGUUAGAAUACUUUCACUAUAAUAUGUCUUAACAUAAAAAACAGCUGUUGUUAAUAAAAGUUUUGUAAUAAGAAAAAUCUGCAAGUAUUCAUAUUAGAUUAAAAGACGCCAAUGUAUUACCUCUGCAUAUACUACAAAAUAAAGUGUCUAAUAGUAAUGUUUUGAGUAUUUGCAUGCAAUUUCUUAGCCUUCUUCGCAGACUUUGGGGGCGGCAAUCUUUUUUUUUUUGGGGAGCGCUGCAACAUGAGCUGCGAUUCUCCGUGAAAGGGAGUUUUUACUGCUGUAAAAUUUCCUCUUCCACAGUCUGCGAAGGAGGUUAGCAAAUUUUGAAAUUUGUGUCCAAUUUUGAUGUGGCACUGUAGUUCUUGGAACUUACACAACCGUCAUAUUAUAUUACUCUAAUGUACAUAUUGAUACGAAAAUAACAUCGAUUAAUAGCUAUAAAAUGAAUAAGUUUUGUGAAAUAACAAUAAUAUUUUACAUGACUGUAAUAUAUAAAAUCAGAUGUAUUUGACAUUGAAUAAUUAUAAAUCUACAAUACUUGACGACGUGUAACACAUUAUAUAAAAUCAGAUGCAUUUGCAUGACCAUUUACAAAAUCUUAUACGGUAUCUUCUCAGUAAUUGCUUUUUGGCGUUGGUAACUUUGUGACUAGCCUGUGGGAGCAAGGCCUUACAUGUAUAUUGUUAUAUAGAGUAAACUGAUAUUAUUGUUAAGAAGUCGGGAGUAGGUCAGGGUAUUACUUCCUAAUUUGGAAUUCCAAGUUUGUUGUCUGAUGUGGGUAUUAUAAAGUAAACAAUUUGCCUUAGAUUCAAAUUUGUAUCCGUAUCUUUGACUUUACAAUGUAGUUGUGGAUAACAGUUGAUACUGUCAUUUGUAUUUGAUUAUUAUAUAUAUUCAUGUGUGGCUUUAAUUGUGCUAGAAGGUAGAGUUAAGGUAAUUCAAGACUUUCAUUUUUUUAUGAAUAAUGCCAAAUUAAAAUAAUAUUUGAAUAUGGUUCAUAUUUAACUGCAAUAAAACCUUGAUUGGUUGAUUGUCUAC